CAGGAUAACACAAAUUACAAAUUAGUCAGAUUAUAUUUUUUGUACUCUGAUACAAUUUUCACAAUAAAAUAAAAAUUGUAAAUUUAUGGCGUUGAAGACGAACAUAUGUCUAAGUUAUUUAAAUCAAACUAACUAUAUAGAUUAUUUUGUAAAGUAGCUCUUGUGAGCUCUAUCAUAAUAGAUUGUGUCCAAAAGAUAAUAUGUAAAAUUCUCGCAUUGUCACUUCUUCACAGUCCGUUUUUCGAAUUCUAAACGAUAACUUAAACAUCUACAUUAUUAAAACUUUCAG